GGCCGAGCGACCCGGAAGUUCUUCGCCGCGUCCGAUGCCCCGGAAGUGACGUGAUCCUCCGGGCAGGUGUCGUGUCACCCGUGUCGGGAAGCCUGGAUUCCAGAGUGCCAGGAUGACGGCAUGACUCUGUGGGCCCAGCUGUGGAUGUGUCCGUGUGGCCCCGUGAGCUGCUGGCUUUCCCCUGGCAGCUGUCUCUGCACUCCACCCUCUGCGUCCCAGCAAUAGCUCCGGCUCCGGGGCCAUGAUACUCUCAAGGCUUUUCUCAGCAAGACCGUGGACCGUGUUCGAGGGCGCGGGCCGGCGCCUUCCGAGGCGGGCUGCGCCCCGGCUGCUCUCGGUCGGCCGCGCAGACGGCGCCAAGCACCAGGAGCCCCCCAGGAAGAAGCUGCUGUCUGAGAAAAAGCUGAAAAGGCACUUCGUAGACCAGCGGAGAGUGCUCGUGCGCGGUGGCAAUGGAGGUGCCGGGGCGAGCUGCUUCCACAGCGAGCCCCGCAAGGAGUUUGGAGGCCCGGACGGUGGGGAUGGAGGCAACGGCGGCCACGUCAUCCUGAGAGUUGACCAGCAAGUCAAGUCUCUGUCGUCAGUCCUGUCCCAGUACCAGGGCUUCCACGGAGAAGACGGCGGCAGCAAGAACUGCUUUGGGCGGGGCGGAGCCGUCCUCUACGUGCGGGUCCCCAUGGGCACGCUGGUGAAGGAGGGAAACGACAUUGUGGCAGACCUGUCCCACCCAGGUGACGAGUACAUCGCCGCGCUGGGGGGAGCGGGAGGAAAAGGCAACCGCUUCUUCCUGGCCAACGACAACCGCGCCCCUGUGACCUGUACCCCCGGGCAGCUGGGUCAGGAGCGAGUUCUCUACCUGGAGCUGAAGACGAUGGCCCACGCUGGGAUGGUUGGAUUCCCCAAUGCCGGGAAGUCCUCGCUCCUCCGUGCCAUUUCGAACGCGCGCCCCGCCGUGGCUGCCUACCCGUUCACCACCCUGAACCCCCACGUUGGCAUCGUCCACUACGAGGGCCACCAGCAAGUCGCAGUGGCGGACAUCCCCGGCAUCAUCCGCGGCGCCCACCGGAACCGGGGCCUGGGCUUCGCCUUCCUCAGGCACAUAGAGCGCUGCCGGUUUCUCCUGCUCGUCCUGGACCUCGCCCUGCCGGAGCCCUGGACGCAGGUUGAGGACUUGAAGUACGAACUGGAGAAGUACGAGGAGGGCCUGUCCGCGAGGCCCCACGUGGUCGUGGCAAACAAGAUCGACCUCCCCCAGGCCCGCGCCAGCCUGCCCCUGCUGCGGGAGCGCCUGGGCCGGGAGGUCGUGGCGCUGUCGGCGCUGACCGGCGAGAACCUGGAGCAGCUGCUGCUGCGGCUGAAGGAGCUGCACGACGCCGACGCGGAGGCCGAGCUGCGGCAGGGCCGCCAGCCGCUGCGGUGGUAGCCGAGGCACCGCCGUCGCCGCCCUGCAAGGACCGCGGGCUGGCGCCAAGCGUAGGCCAAGCGGCCUCCAGGCCCCGCAAGAGCAAACCCGAGUGUAAACUGUCGGCGGCUUUGAGUGUGAAAUAGAAAGUGCUCUGUGAACAUC